AUGAAUCCUGUUCUGCCUUGGAUCCUUCCUCUUGGAUGUGUACUGCUCCUGUCAAAGGCAGCCGAAGGCUUUAUCUUGCCCAACUCAAGUCACCUGGAGAGCAUUUUGAGUAAAUAUCAGGAUGGGGAAACUCACUCCAGAUCCAAGAGAGCCAUUUUAUUCUCAGACAGACAGGAGAUAUUGAUGCUCCACAAUAAAUUGAGAGGUCAAGUGUACCCAGUGGCCUCUAAUAUGGAAUACAUGACCUGGGAUGAUGAGCUGGAAAAAUCAGCCCACGCUUGGGCUCAGCAGUGCAUCUGGGACCAUGGGCCUAGUGCCCUCAUCAGGUCAAUUGGACAGAACUUGGCGGUUCACUGGGGCAGGUAUCGGUCUCCAGCUUUCCAUGUCCAGUCUUGGUACGAUGAAGUUAAAGAUUACACAUACCCGUAUCCUCAUGAGUGCAACCCGUGGUGUCCGGAGAAAUGCACAGGCUCUAUGUGCACGCAUUACACCCAGAUAGUCUGGGCCACGACGAACAAGAUCGGCUGUGCCGUGAACGUCUGCAAGCAGAUGAACGUCUGGGGAGAAAUCUGGGAGAACGCCGUCUACCUGGUCUGCAACUACUCGCCGAAGGGCAACUGGAUCGGAGAAGCCCCAUACAAGACCGGCCGCCCCUGCUCCGAGUGCCCACCGAGCUACGGAGGAGGCUGCCAGAACAACCUCUGCUACAAAGAUUAUCGUUACGAAGAUCCCGUCAUCUCUGAGACUGAUGAGACUAACGAAGUGGAGAUUUCGCAGGUCGCGGAGCAAAAGCCGGUGCGGUUCUACCCUCCGGAAAGCAAGCCCAGCAAACCCAUCAAGCCCAAGAAAAUCAUCCCGGUCUCCUACAUGACACAAGUCAUUACCUGUGAAACCAAGAUGAGAGACAAAUGCAGAGGCUCAACUUGCAAUAGGUAUUUGUGCCCAGCUGGCUGCUUGUACAGUAAGGGAAAGAUCUUUGGAACAUUUUAUUAUGAGAGUUCAUCAAGCAUAUGUCGUGCUGCAAUUCAUUACGGCAUCCUGGACAAUAAAGGAGGAUUGGUUGAUAUCACGAGGAAAGGGAGGACACCGGCUUUUGUGAAGUCUACCAGGAACGGCGUGGAGUCUUUUAGGAAAAGUAAGCCUUCAAAUGCCUUCAUGGUUUCCAAAGUCACAACACAGACGCUGGAUUGCUAUACUACAGUAGCUGAGCUGUGCCAGUUCAAAAAGCCGGCGACCCAUUGCCCAAGGAUUUAUUGUCCAGCCCACUGUAAAGAUGAGCCGUCGUACUGGGCACCAGUGUUUGGCACAAAUGUUUACGCAGACAGCUCCAGUAUCUGCAAAACUGCAGUGCACGCAGGAGUCAUUCCAGAUGAAAGAGGUGGUUUUGUGGACGUGAUGCCUGUAGAAAAGAAGAAGAGUUACGUUGGCUCCUUAAAGAACGGAGUCCAGUCUGAGAGCUUGAAGAACCCUUCAGAUGGAAAUGCUUUCCGAAUUUUUGCUGUGAAGCAGUAA